CCGCUGCAGGUUUCCCACGGAUUCUGCACCCGGAAACUCAGGUGUGCGCGGAGGCCCCGAGGUCCUCCGCAGGUUGGUGAGCGUGCGCUGUCGUGCGCUGGCCCCGGGCGAGUAGAACUGCCAGAAAGCCUCUGUUCCUCCGGUGUGGACCUCUCCACAGAGCUGCACAAGUGUCCUCACUACAUGACAGCUAACGUCCUUCAGAAUACUUCUGUUAUAUGAAGUUGAACAUGGAGGAAGAAGAGGACUAUAUGUCUGAUUCCUUCAUUAAUGUCCAAGAAGAUAUCAGACCAGGAUUGCCAAUGCUGAGGCAAGUUCGAGAAGCCCGUCGAAAAGAAGAAAAGCAACAAGAAGCUAAUUUGAAAAAUAGGCAGAAGAGUUUAAAAGAAGAAGAACAAGAAAGACGUGACAUUGGAUUGAAGAAUGCACUAGGCUGUGAAAACAAAGGGUUUGCUUUGCUCCAGAAGAUGGGAUAUAAAAGUGGUCAGGCCCUUGGCAAGAGUGGAGAUGGUAUUGUUGAACCAAUUCCUCUCAAUGUCAAAACAGGAAAAAGUGGCAUUGGUCAUGAGACUUUAUUAAAACGGAAAGCAGAGGAAAAAUUAGAAAGCUACAGAAGAAAGAUUCACAUGAAAAACAAAGCUGAAGAAAACGCUGCAGAGCAGUUCCGAAUGCGACUUAAAAGUAAGCAAGAUGAAAUGAAGCUGGAAGGAGAUCUUAGAAGAAGCCAGCGAGCCUGUCAACAAUUGGAUACUCAGAAGGCAAGCCUUUUUCCUGCUUUCAGUUUGGUAGUGAAGUGUUUUGGCACCCAAUGUGAUUUGCCAUGAAUUUACGUUUAAAAACAACAAA